AUGUUAAAUGAUUUAAUUUUCAUACAACAAACUGAAUUAUACGAUGCUCAAUUUGAUUUGAGAGAAGAAAGAAAAAUUCAUCAAAAUCAACAAAAAGAAAUUCAACGAUUAAAUAAACAAAUUAAAGAAAUUGAAGAAGUUUAUAUUGAAUCUAUUAAAUGUCUUAAAAGAAUUAUUGAAGAAAAGGAUAUGAUUAUUUAA